UUUUCUGCUCUUUCCCUUCAUUGCUGGUUGCUCACACCAACCAGCUCACAGCCAAAGAGCUCCUCUGUCUCUCUCACACCGAUCGGGCUUUAAACCACAACUUUUUCCCAAAAUAACUGAGACAUUACUCCAGAAGAAGUUAUUGCUCAAGUGUAAAGGACAGUUGUCUGGAGAGGUGUGACAGGAGAGCAGCACGAUUAAGGUGUUACCUCAACAUUUACCUGGAGAUCAAGUUCCUGCACGUUAAAAGCAACUUUGAAGACUCCAAGGAAAGCCAUGACUCAGAGCAACGGGGAAAACCCGCAAAGGAGCCGGAGUGGUCUCCACCAGAUCCGUGCCGGGAUCCAGUCUCGAUCUCUGCAGGCCAAGAAGAGAGUGCAGAGCAUCACGAAGGAUGAUAUGAAAAAGUUCUUCUUAAGAAAUGCCUUUGUGAUCUUAACCAUCGCUGCUGUCAUUAUUGGCAUUAUCCUGGGAUUUGCCUUGCGGCCAUAUAACAUGUCUUACCGGGAGGUGAAGUUCUUCUCUUUCCCCGGAGAGCUGCUGAUGAGAAUGCUUCAGAUGCUGGUGCUGCCUCUGCUGGUUUCCAGCCUCAUCACAGGUAUGGCCGCUCUGGACAGCCGUGCCUCUGGUAAAAUGGGAAUGAGGGCAGUGAUCUACUACACCACCACCACCGUCAUUGCUGUGUUCAUCGGUAUCGUCAUGGUGCUUAUAAUUCAUCCUGGAAAAGGAUCGAAGGAUGAGUUCUCCAAGCAGCCGCAGAUAGAGCAGGUCAGCCCCGCUGAUGCCUUCCUGGACCUUAUCAGAAACAUGUUUCCUCCUAACCUUGUGGAGGCGUGCACCAAACAGUUCAAGACGCAGUACGCCAAGAAAGUAGUCCAUGUGACGAUGACAGUGAAUGAAUCCAUAUUCACACUCAAUGGUAGCCAGGAGAUCACCCGGGAGGAGAUGAUCCCAGUGCCAGGGGCGGUUAAUGGAAUCAACGCUCUUGGCCUGGUGGUGUUCUCCAUUUGCUUCGGUCUGAUCAUUGGGAGCAUGGGGGAGCAGGGGCUGCCCCUCAAGGACUUCUUCGACUGUCUCAACGAAGCCAUCAUGAGGCUGGUCGCCAUUAUCAUGUGGUAUGCUCCUAUCGGUAUUCUGUUCCUGAUUGCUGGUAAGAUCGUGGAGAUGGAUGACAUCACAGCCAUGGGGGGCCAGCUGGGAAUGUACACAGUAACAGUCAUUUGUGGCCUGCUCAUCCACGCCGUCUUCGUCCUGCCAACGCUCUACUUCGUCAUCACCAGGAAGAACCCCUUUGUUUUCAUUGCUGGGAUUUUGCAGGCACUCAUCACGGCCCUGGGAACGUCCUCAAGCUCUGCCACAUUGCCCAUCACUUUCAAAUGCCUGGAGGAAAACAACAAAUUGGACAAGCGCGUGACCCGUUUCGUGCUCCCUGUCGGAGCCACCAUCAACAUGGAUGGCACUGCUCUGUAUGAAGCCCUGGCUGCCAUCUUUAUCGCUCAGGUCAACGAUUAUGACCUUAACUUUGGACAGAUUCUCACCAUCAGUAUCACAGCCACGGCAGCCAGUAUCGGAGCAGCUGGAAUCCCUCAGGCAGGACUGGUCACCAUGGUGAUAGUGCUAACGUCUGUAGGCCUGCCCACUGAUGACAUCACACUCAUCAUUGCAGUUGAUUGGUUUCUGGACCGAUUGCGCACCACCACCAAUGUCCUCGGAGACUCCAUCGGCGCGGGCAUAGUGGAACACCUGUCUCGCCACGAGUUGCAGAAGGACCCCGAGGUGGGCAACUCAGUGGUGGAGGAGGCAGACAAGAAGCCGUACCAGCUCAUCUGCCAGGAGAACGAGUACGAGAAUGAGAGGCCUGCGGACAGCGAGACCAAGAUGUAGAUUUUUUUUUUGUCUGAGGUUGCGAGUUUGGAGGGUUCAAAUUAAAUUGAUCUACAGCUAGAAUAUAUUUCAGCCAAGAUGAGUUCCACUAAUGUGUGAGGUCUUGUGUGGGCGUUCCUGACACACUGUAGACUUGAAAUGGUUUGUUUUUGUAUUGUUUUUGAGUUUGUGCUAUGAUGCUUCCUAAGAGCACUAUGAUGUAUCCACCAUAAGGUGGCAGCUGUUUACUAUUCAGAAUGAACAUCUCUGGAGCCCAGCAGUCGAUGGCCUGUAUGCCAUACUCACCAUAUCUCAGAACUGUGAUGACUAAUCUCACCCACUAGAGGCCAGUAUUGCUGUGAGUCUUACUACCACAGUAAGUUACAGGCUAUACUUACAAAGACUUUUUCUGUCUUUAAAGUUGUUGCUAUUGUUUGAGUGGUACUGUAUGUAAAAAAUGUGAGUGAUAUGAUUGUAACAGUCACUUUGGAGAUGGAUGGGGAAAGUGUUGGGUAUCACGCACAUACACUGGUUUGACCAGGCCGACCUCGUUGGGGAAAAAGGGCUGUUUAUUUACAAACGCUUCUGCAUUAGUGCACAGACUUCAACAACUAAACGAAUGAAUGAUGUCAUUUACCUUUGUCCCCUAACUGUCCGAACCAGGAAGUGCUAUUCGAAGCUGACAGAAUAACUUGGCAAAUAUCAAACCUUUUGUUUUUGUUACAUAAGUUCCUCAAACCAAUCAUAACAAUCUUUAAGCCUGAGUAACCAAAAUCCCUCAGCCAUGUUUUUACCCGUAAAUUUGCCCAGCUGAGAAUCUGAACCUUAAUCAAAUCAGAAAUUUAAGCUAUUAUAUAUUUCAACCAAAAACAAAAACACCAAAAAUAUUGUCUAAAUUUAUGUACAAUUUAAUUAAAGGAGCACUACAUCCAGUAAAUGACAAUUCAUAAAUCAGUUAGUCGUGCUGUGUUACCUUGGAUUUGUGAAGAAAACUUUGGGUUUUUUUUGCAUGCCUCCAUGGAAAAUCACCACAAAGAUUGAUUUAUUGAUUGAUUGGGGUCCACGUUUAACGUCAGCAAACAAAUAAAACAUCCACUUAGAAACUCUCACACAACUCUCACAGUAUAAUCCAAGUCUCAUUUAUCCAGUCGUAUGCUCAGUGCUUCCAAAACACAUGUAUAUUUUGCUAAAAAAAACCCUCAGUGUUGGAGUCUGUCUUUGAAGAAAGCAUAGAUAAGUUUCAGUUUCAGUUCAGUUCUGAAAAGUAAGGUUUUAGUGAAAAUGCAUAAGUUUGAGAAGUACUGAGCCUACGAUAGGAUAAAUGAGACUUGGAUUAUACUGCACAAGUUGUUAACAAGAGUUUGUUAACUGAUGUUUUGAUGAGUUCUGCUGUUGUUACAUGUGGUUCCCAGUCAAUCAGUAAAUCAAUAUGGUAACCAUUUUCAGUGCUCAUACGAGAAAAAAAGCUUUUGUUACGAAUUAAGCACGACAAAUUAUUAUUUUGUGGGUGAAGUGUUCCUUUAAAACCUUCCCCACCAAUGCCCAAACAACUCGUUAACUCGCUAACAGUAAUACAGUGAUGCUUCAAUAGAAAAAAAAAUCAUGAUUUUAUUUUUGAUACAUUCUAAUGAUUGUGAGUUGUUCCCUUACAUAAGCCCUCUGAUAUGGGCUUGUAACUACAAAUUACUUGGUUGAAAGAUUCACAUGUCUGUAUGAAAUAUUUGUUUGAUAUUAAAUUAGUAAAAUGAUAGUCAGUAGGUUGGAUAUAUACUUUUCAAAUUGUCAAUUUAGCUUUCUGUAGGUAAUAAACUGUAAUGUUUAUUUCAUUUGAUUUAAUAUGGAUAUGUUUUGUAAACAACAAAUUUCGGUUAACUCCCUGUUUUUUACUUUCACUAGCUUGUGCUUGAUUUAAUUCGUUAUAUAACACAAGUGGCUUUGUAUAGAAGAUUCCUCUGAAUAUACUGUACUUGUAUAGAGAACUGUAGAUAAAUGUGUACAUUAAUUGUAGAUUGAAACUGUAAAAGGUUACUUGAGGAUUGCGUAUGUAAAGAUGUCGUAGCCAUGCUCUUAUCAAACCUGAAGACCAAACUAAUAAUCCCUCUAGUUCCUCUUACGAACACAAAACUGUCUGAUUUAAAGGACCAAAUGUUGUUUUUUCCUUUACACACUUGAGGAAAUGGAAUAGUUCCUUUGUUUACAGUUGCUGGUGUCUCGCUUAAUAUGACUGUUUCUCUCGUGAAUUCACAUGAGACUGCACACACACGCACACACAAACACACACACACACGAGUGAACAAUAGUUGUAGUUUUAUCUUGCAUGGAUUUUUAUGAAUAAAAAAUGAAAUCAGU